AUGAGUACGGACUCUCUGGUAGAGUUGUCAAACGGGUAUGAGGACCCAAACGGGACGGGCGGGCUCGACGAUCAAGACGAAUCGGGCGGGUUCGACGACCAAGACGGGUCAAGCGGGCCUGAUGACCUAACCAGGUCGGGCGAACUUGAGGAUCCACACGGGUCAGGCAGGUCGGACGAUUUAGAUGUGCUGGGCAGACCCGAUGACACAAAGGAGAUCGACGAUCCAUAUGGGUCCAACGACUUGAAUGGGCUCGACGAUCCAGACGGGUCCUACGACCUAGACGGGUCUAACGACCAGAAUGGGCUCAACAAUCCAAACGGGCUCGACGACCUAGAAGGGUUCAUUGACCCGGACGGGCCAGACGAUCUGGACGGGUCUGAUGACCCCAACAUGCCUAACAACCAGAACGGGCCCGACGACUCGGACGGGCCAAACUAUUCGGACAAGUCCAAUGAUCCGACGGGCCCGACAAUGCAGACCAGUCCGAUGACCUGA